GUGAAGUUACGGAAAACACGGCAUUCAUUCAUUUGCAGAGGGAUACUGAGAUUAGCACAGUGUGCUGGAUUUUUAAAAACAAAAACACAUGUUAAUAAUCUCUGUAUGCAUGAUGAUGUUCGUGCAAAGUUUUGUUUUAGAUCCACCCGUUAAGGAGGAGGUGAAUACAGGCAUAUACAGAUAAAUCAUUAUUGUAAGAUUCUAACCAGUCAAGUUUCAUUCAACCGGAGCAUCGAGCCUGUCAUCCAUCCAGCAACUUUUCACAAGCUAUUAUGCUGUCGUCAUUUACAGAAAGCUCACCCCCCCAAAACUAUCCUGCCUAAACUAAUUAAUCCAGCAUUUCCAUGUGGGCGGUCAUUAGAAGGCAAUGCUGGAGGACGGUGAGAAUCCUUCAUAAUGAAACUUUUCUAUUAAUGUGGCUGGGGCCGUUCGGCAGACGGUGUGGAGAAAACACACCAGACAGUUUAAUAAAUGGUGAUGCUGCUUCCUCCAUUAAAAGCUCCAAUCAGCAUGUAGCGGUGCAACAUUAGCCAAAUCUCUCCUUGCUGCUGUCUGUGAUAUGAGACGUAAUGCAUUUUUUAAUUUGUUGUUGAGAACUGAAAUAACAACAGGAUAUGAAUGGUCUGUGUAAACAUGUUGCUGUCCCAAAUCGCAGAUUCAUAAGUGAACAACAUUAGAAAAGAAAUGUGUUAACAUUAAUUUGACACAUCCACAGAUGGAUGAGUGGGUAAGUGCAACUGUUAUUAUUGCAGAGACGACUGAACUACAUCUCAUACAGAUGCAUACAAACAGUCACCGCUGGAAUAAUGUCAUACAUAUGCAGUGGUGGCCCUUCCUGGUUUCCUUUUUUUUGUAUGUGUGUAUGUUUGUCACAGUUAAAUAUUUCAGAUCCUGAAACAAAUUUAAAUAUUAGACAAAGAUAAUCCAAGUAAACACAAAGUUCCUAAAUGAAGGUUUUUAUUAUUAAGGGGAAAAAAUUCCAAAUAAAAUGCAAAACACUAGGAAAUCAGGAAGGGGGCAAACACGUUUUCACACCACUGUAGUUUGUGUUAUGGGAGUUUUUGGAUGUAUGCAGUGUCACUGUAUCUAAUACAACAUGUGAUUCAUGCAAUAAAUUAUCAGCAGGGAGGAAAUCUCAGUGCUACCCGUUGGUAUGUAACUGUCCCUUUGCUUUACCCACACGAAAGAUUCUCUAAAAAGCUAUGUUUUGAAUAAUUAAUGCUUUUAGCGUCUUCAUCAUGCAUAUUGUAAAAGCUGCUUCUGUGCCAAACUUCUUUUUUGGCGCCCAAUCUUUCAGGGCAACUUGAAUGAGGUCAAAAUGAUCAACUUGUCUUUGCUGUUUGUUUGCCAACAAAGUCAUAAUUUAUAAUGAUGUGGAUCUUCGUGGGUUUUAGGUUUAUUUUUGUAUGUUACUCAUUUUAUGUAAUAUUGUUUCUUCAAAUGUCCUAAAAAUUUUAACCAUAAAAGAUAUUAAAUGAUUUUUUUGAUUGCUGGGUGGAAUCUUAGUUAACUGCUAAAAGUCUUUAAGCGUGUUUCACUGUAAUGUAAGCUUGUUACCCUGACACCUGAAUACAAGGCCAGCCUUCAAAUUAUAGUGUGAUUAGCUAGCUAGACAGGUCCACACUGCAGGUUUAUGAUCACUCUACAUGUAAAGGAAAUGGAUCCAUGUGCUGUCUUCUUCACCAAACUUCCCAUGCUGCUUUUUCAAAUGCAGCAUUUCCUGAUAACUAUGAAAACACAGCUUCCUUCUCAGAUCAGUUCUUGAAUAGUUGUGAAGCUGUAAGCAUAUAUUAAUCUUUUUAUUGCUAAGAAUUUCUGAGCCUAGAUAGCUUCCAGCCCUUAUUUCCCUAAAGGGUCACCUAACUGUGCCAAAUCAAACAUGCAAGCAUGAUCUGCGUUUCAUGCAAGCCCGGGGGUAUGACUAGGAAUACACUAGCUUGUGACCUCCUGAGGCCGAGUUUGUGUCUCCUCCCGGUGUCGAACUCGAGCUCCAUGGUGUAGUGGUCAGCACUGAGGAUCUGGCUUAGACACACACAAUCUGUUUUUUGCAUCACAGAGUCACUUGCUGUAAAGUGUGCAGGUCUCAGUAGUAUUUGAAAUGUAAAAUUGUUGCUUUGUUUUCCGGUGAAUGUUUUGGUGCUCCUGUUUGGCUCUAAUGGAAUGAGGACUCCAGCUGUUUCUCCACUGUGUUUUAUUCUAGGGCUUUAAUGUGCUUACAGUCUACUCUGUCAAGCUGUGAAGUUUUUGCACCUAAUGUUGAGCUCAUGUUUUCUUUUACGCUGUUUUAUUGGCGUCCCACAGCAUAAUCAGUUUCUUUUCACAGGUUGAAGUGGGCGAUAUUAUUAAAGUAAAUGGCAGUGAUUUCGUUCCUGCGGAUGCUGUCAUUUUAUCAUCCAGUGAACCACAGGGUAUGUGCUACAUUGAAACAUCUAACCUGGAUGGAGAAACAAACCUCAAAAUCAGACAGGGACUCCAAGUGACUGCAGACAUAAAAGAAAUUGACAGCCUGAUGCGUCUGUCCGGGCGGAUGGAGUGCGAAAGCCCAAACCGACAUCUGUAUGAGUUUGUUGGGAACAUCCGCUUGGAUGGACACAGCACGGUGCCACUGGGUCCAGACCAGAUCUUACUGAGAGGAGCCCAGCUGAGGAACACACAAUGGAUCCACGGCGUGGUAGUCUACACAGGACAUGACACAAAGCUCAUGCAGAAUUCCACGCGGCCUCCUCUGAAGCUGUCCAACGUGGAGCGUAUCACCAACUUUCAGAUCCUUGUGCUGUUUGGAUGCCUGCUGGCCAUCUCUCUGGUCUGCUCCAUUGGCCAAACCAUUUGGAAGGGCCAGUAUGGCAACGAUGCUUGGUACAUGGAUCUCAACUCUCCAGAUGGUGGGGCAGCUAACUUUGGCCUUAACUUCCUCACCUUCAUCAUCCUGUUCAACAACCUCAUCCCCAUCAGUCUUCUGGUCACGCUGGAGGUCAUCAAGUUCACCCAAGCCUUUUUUAUCAACUGGGACACUGAUAUGCUAUAUGAGCCCACAAACACACCUGCCAUGGCCCGCACCUCCAAUCUGAAUGAAGAAUUAGGCCAGGUGAAGUACAUUUUCUCAGACAAGACAGGAACUCUCACCUGCAACGUGAUGCAGUUCAAGAAAUGCACUAUUGCCGGUGUGGCUUAUGGUCACGUCCCUGAGGCUGAGGAGGGUAGUUUUCCAGAGGACGACUGGCACAGCACACACUCAUCAGACGAGGCAGGAUUUAAUGACCCGAGCUUACUGGAAAACCUCCAGAGUAAUCACCCUACAGCUGCUGUUAUCCUGGAGUUCAUGACCAUGAUGGCCAUCUGUCACACUGCAGUCCCUGAACACAUGGAUGGAAAAAUCAUCUACCAAGCUGCGUCUCCAGAUGAAGGCGCUUUAGUGAGAGCAGCACGAAACCUUGGCUUCGUGUUUUCUGGUCGAACCCCAGACAGCGUCAUUGUGGAAAUUGUUGGAACAGAGGAACGAUAUGAACUGCUUCAUGUGCUGGAGUUUACAAGCGCAAGGAAGAGGAUGUCAGUCAUCAUGCGCACCCCAUCUGGGAAGAUCCGCCUCUACUGCAAAGGAGCUGACACAGUGAUCUAUGACCGCCUGGCAGACAGCUCUAGGUACAAAGAGAUCACAUUGAAGCACCUGGAGCAGUUUGCCACUGAAGGCCUGCGCACUCUGUGCUUUGCGGUGACAGACAUCAGUGAAUCAUCCUAUCAGCAGUGGUUGGAGAUCCACCACAGAGCCUGCACCUCCCUGCAGAACAGAGCCUUAAAACUGGAGGAGAGCUACGAACUGAUAGAGAAGAACCUGCAGCUCCUGGGCGCCACCGCGAUAGAGGAUAAGCUCCAGGAUAAAGUGCCGGAGACCAUCGAGACUCUAAUGAAGGCCGACAUAAAGAUCUGGAUCCUGACUGGGGACAAACAGGAAACAGCCAUCAAUAUUGGACAUUCCUGCAAAUUGCUGACGAAGAACAUGGGCAUGAUUGUGAUCAAUGAAGACACUUUGGAUAGAACAAGAGAAACCCUCAGCCACCACUGUGGAAUGCUGGGAGAUUCCCUCUACAAGGAAAACGACUUUGCUCUCAUUAUUGAUGGAAAGACUCUAAAAUACGCUCUUACAUUUGGAGUGCGCCAGUACUUCCUGGACCUCGCCUUGUCCUGUAAAGCUGUCAUAUGCUGCAGAGUAUCGCCUCUUCAGAAGUCAGAAGUGGUUGAGAUGGUGAAAAAACAGGUGAAGGUGAUCACGCUGGCCAUCGGCGAUGGUGCUAACGACGUAGGAAUGAUCCAAACAGCACAUGUCGGUGUGGGAAUCUCAGGCAACGAGGGUCUGCAGGCGGCAAACUCCUCAGACUACUCGAUUGCUCAGUUCAAAUACUUAAAGAAUCUGCUGCUGGUUCACGGAGCCUGGAAUUACAACCGCGUAGCCAAGUGCAUCCUAUACUGCUUCUACAAGAAUAUUGUCCUGUACAUCAUCGAGAUCUGGUUUGCAUUCGUCAAUGGCUUCUCUGGUCAGAUUCUGUUUGAACGCUGGUGCAUCGGCUUGUACAAUGUGAUCUUCACUGCCUUGCCUCCUCUCACUCUGGGAAUAUUUGAGCGCUCCUGCAGGAAAGAGAAUAUGCUGAAAUACCCAGAGCUCUACAAAACCUCCCAGAAUGCCAUGGGCUUCAAUACCAAGGUCUUCUGGGCCCAUUGUCUGAACGGCCUCUUCCACUCCGUCAUCCUCUUCUGGUUCCCCCUUAAAGCCUUCCAGCAUGAUACAGUUUUUGGCAAUGGAAGAACUCCGGACUAUCUCCUCUUAGGCAACAUGGUUUACACGUUUGUCGUCAUCACAGUCUGUCUUAAAGCCGGCCUGGAAACCUCGUCUUGGACCAUGUUCAGUCACAUCGCCAUCUGGGGAAGCAUCGGCCUGUGGGUGGUGUUUUUCGCUAUCUAUUCCUCCUUGUGGCCCCUCAUCCCUCUGGCACCUGACAUGUCAGGCGAGGCGGACAUGAUGUUCAAUUCAGGGGUCUUCUGGAUGGGCCUGUUCUUCAUCCCAGUCACCUCGCUGAUUUUCGACGUGGCCUACAAAGUUGUGAAGAAGGCGUUCUUUAAGACCCUGGUGGAUGAGGUGCAGGAGCUGGAGGCGCUAUCUAAAGACCCUGGAGCAGUAGUGCAUGGAAAGAGUUUGACAGAGAGAGCCCAGCUCCUGAAGAACGUCUUCAAGAAGAGCACAGUGAGUCUGUACCGGUCUGACUCCAUGCAGCAGAACCUGCUCCAUGGCUACGCCUUCUCUCAAGAUGAGAACGGAGUGGUGUCUCAGUCCGAGGUCAUCAGAGCGUACGACACCACCAAGCAGAGGACCAACACGUGGUGAGGCGUCGGCCUUCUUGUUCACGGCCGGCCAGCUCGGAGCCACGGCGGCCGUUUCCAGUGGCGAUAUUUGAAGCUUGACGGGGAGAAGCGGUGGUGUGUGCGUGUGCCUCCGGCGCUGAGGGGAAGGGGGGUUUGGAAAGAGACAGAAGAAAGGGACAUUGUGUCGUCUUUGGGAAAAAAGGGAUUUAAAAGAAAAAAACAAGGAACAAAACAAGUCACGUUCGCUGUCAGCUGUAGUUGUGUGUCGCGCAGACAUGAUACGAGCACUGUGCUUUCUUAGCAGUCUGUGGUCUGAAGUUCUUCACUGUUCGUUUGUCUCCUUUCUGUUGAUUUGAGCCAAAAGCCUAAAAAUCCUUUUAGUAAAUCGAAAUCAAACACCGGACAGCGAUUGGUUUCAGACGCUUUUGCACUCGUGAAAGAUUGCCAAGGAGCAGUCGUAUAUACAAUCGUCCAAGUACUAGUGAAUCUGAGAAAAAACGUUAAAGCAGAUGUAAUUAAAGUCCUGUGUGUCCAGCGCGACACAGACCACAUCAGAGCAGAUGUUUGGACAUGUUCGUUUUGUUUUUGCACUCGAGGAAGCAUCUGUUGUGUGAAGCCUUACAUUUUAUUAUGCCUUUUCUUUCCGUCGGUUUCUUUUCAGAUGCAUUUUAUACACAUGUAGAUACUGUGCCUCGUUCUUGCCUCUUCAUUUAUUUAUGUUUUUUCUGAAGAAGUUGCCUCCUGCAACCUACCGUAGUCCUGUGUCCACCGUUUUCGCAGCAGACGUAUUGCUCUCGACUUAAAAUUGCAUUCCACGCAUCCGCUCCCGUUUCAACAAUCACAACGGUGCCUACGUCAAACUGUUCCCUCUUAGAAGAAACAGAUCGCUUAGACCAGUGCGCCGCACACACACUUACUGUCUCCCCACCACAGAAUUGCACUCCUACAAUGUGAAAACUACAGAUUUGUUCCUGCAGAGGUGAAGAGGAGGCUCUCUGAUGGGUUUUUCGUUGAAGCUUACAGUGGCAGCAGUGGUUCCCUUCAAAUGGAGAUUUUAUCCCUCUAACAUAAGUGCCAUUAGCUUAAGGGAGAGAGAGAGAGAGAGAUUAGCCAGGAAACUCCACGACAGUAUCAAAACUGCUCUGUCUCUAUAGUUAUUUUGUGGAUUUGUAUUUUUAUAUUGGAGACGUAUGAAUUUUGCAUCGACCGGCUUUGUAAUGAAUCGUCUGUAACGUUUCGUUUUUUCUUCCUCUGAUGGCGGGCUAGAUUAGACGUGACGAGGAAACCGAGCUUUCUUAAAUGUCUUGUUAUUAUUAAUAUUAAUAUUGUUACAGCUUGAUUUAUUUAUAAUUGACUAAUGUCUGUGUGAUUGCUUUCUUCUCCCUAUGGGAGAUCAGAUUUCUGAUGGUGCGAGUGUGUGUGUACGUGUGUGUCGGUUUUUGCUUGCAUGUGCAUGUGCCGUACGAGUGUGUGUGGGUGCGUGUGUGUGUGUACCUCUACUGUGGAUAAUUUCUGUGUAUGCACUGCAUGUCUGUGUCCUCUAUGAAAGACUGGGAGGUUUCUGGCACCUCAGUCCUCCUGGUGUGUUUCUUUUAUUGUAUAUUUGUGUGCGCGCGCGUGUGUAGUGACGCUUGCUCAAGUUGUCCGUCUGCACGACUCCAGGUAUAGCUAUGGUGUACUAACGUGUGCCGAUGCAUGGCCUGUAUGGGAACGCGAGGCUGCCGGCGUGCGGGUGUUCGCGGUGAAACGCUCGACCUCGACUGUGAGAGUUUCUGACGCACCGCUCGCUUCGACAGAUGUUUGCACAAUGCACUCGAUGUACCUUUCCAGUUGUGGAUAUCUGGUAUUUUCUGGUUUCGGUGUAGAUUUCUCUUGAGUGUACACGUUUGUGACCUUUUUUCCACGCAGUGUACCUCCUGCUUUACAGGAAAGCUCAUUUGUGUUUUGUGUUUCUGAUUAUUUUUCUCUGCUGGUCUUUGGCGUGAAAACUUAAUCGGCUGUCAUCUUGUCAGAAACUUUCCAAACAGCAGAAUGUGGUUGUCGUCGUUGUGGAAGGUUUGGACUUUUGCUUUCUUCUCUUUCUUUUCUUCCCAGAAAACAUAAAACACACGUCGUUGUCUGUGAAGGUCGUGGGCUGCAUGAAUGGAAAACAAAAACUGUUCUCCGAAGUGUUAACCGUACUACUUUACUUCUCCCUCAAGUGUUGAUCACUUUACAAAAGCGGAAACAAAAAAGGCGCACCUUCUAACUUUUCUUUUCGAUGAUUCGUUUCCUUUCUGUCUUUUUGUUCGAUGAUUGUUCUGCAUGUUGGGACUGCAAACUUAUAAGUGUUGUCUUUACUGCCACGAAGGACUACUGAAAUAAACUUUACAAUCACUGAC